AUGGGGAGCACGAGCACCACCUGCACCACGUCGUCUUCCUCCUCUGCUGCCCGCGGGGCCGGCGGCGCACACGUGCUGCUCCUGCCGUACCCUGGCGCGCAGGGCCACACGAACCCGCUGCUCGAGUUCGGCCGCCGCCUCGCCUACCACGGCCUCCGCCCCACGCUCGUCACUUCCCGGUACGUGCUCUCCACCACGCCGCCUCCUGGGGAGCCCUUCAGGAUGGCCGCCAUCUCGGACGGCUUCGACGACGGCGGCAUGGCCGCGUGCCCCGACCUCGACGAGUACGGGCGCCAGCUCGAGGCCGUCGGCUCGGAGACGCUGGCGGAGCUGAUCCGCUCCGAUGCCGCCGAGGGGCGGCCCGUGCGCGUGCUGGUUUACGACCCGCACCUGCCGUGGGCGCGGCGCGUGGCGAAGACGGCCGGGGUGUCGGCCGCGGCGUUCCUCUCGCAGCCUUGCGCCGUCGACGUCGUCUAUGGGGAGGUGUGGGCGGGGCGGCUGCCGCUGCCGGUGGUGGACGGGAAAGAGCUGUUUGCGCGCGGGCUGCUCGGUGUCGAGCUCGGUCCCGAUGAUGUGCCGCCCUUCGCGGCGAAGCCGGACUGGUGCCCUGUGUUCCUUGAGGCGUCAGUGCGGCAAUUCGAGGGGCUGGAGGAGGCCGACGACGUGCUCGUCAACUCAUUCCACGAGAUCGAACCCAAGGAGGCAGAUUAUAUGGCACUAACAUGGCGCGCAAAGACAAUAGGCCCAACCUUGCCAUCAUUUUAUCUUGAUGAUGACCGUUUGCCGUUGAACAAGACUUAUGGUUUCAACCUCUUCAACAGCAACGAGUCAUGUCUGGCUUGGCUUGACAAGCAGCUUCCGUGUUCUGUAGUUCUUGUAUCCUAUGGUACUGUCUCUGAUUAUGACGAAGCACAGUUAGAAGAGCUUGGCAAUGGAUUGUACAAUUCUGGCAAACCAUUCAUUUGGGUUGUGAGGUCAAAUGAAGAACACAAGCUGUCCAAUGAACUCCGUGACAAGUGCAAGGAACGCGGCCUUAUUGUUUCUUGGUGCCCCUAG